AUGUCACUUCGUUUUGACGGUAAGGUAGCUAUCGUAACAGGAGCCGGAGGAGGACUUGGAAGAACUUACGCAUUGGAACUUGCAAAGCGAGGAUGCAAAGUAGUUGUGAACGAUCUUGGUGGGGAUGCACAUGGUACUUCGGCCUCGACCUCUAUGGCUGAUAAGGUGGUUAACGAGAUAAAGGCAGCCGGUGGUCAAGCAGUGGCGAACUAUGAUAGCGUUGAAUUUGGAGAGAAAAUCGUCAACACUGCCAUUAACAAUUUCGGAAGAAUUGAUAUUGUUAUCAACAACGCCGGCAUACUUCGUGAUGUCUCGCUAGUGAAGAUGACGGAUCAGGACUGGGAUCUCAUCUUCAAAGUACACAUGAAGGGAACGUAUUCUGUAACGAAGGCUGCUUGGCCUCAUAUGAAAAAACAAAACUAUGGACGAAUCAUCGUUACCUCAUCAAACGCUGCCAUUUAUGGUAACUUCGGGCAAACUAACUACUCAGCUGCCAAAUCAGCACUAAUUGGCUUCUGCAAAUCGCUAGCUGAAGAGGGCGCUAAAGACAACAUUUUUGUGAACACUGUAGUUCCUACAGCUAGUUCUCGGCUCACGAAGCUCGUUCUCCCAGAGUCCAUUCUAGAGGCACUGAAUCCAGAACACGUUACACCCCUAGUCGUGUACCUUUGUCAUGAAACCUUUACCGAAAGUGGCAAAGUAUACGAAGCUGGAGGAGGGUGGUAUGGUGAACUACGAAGCAACUGGAGCGAAAUCACUGAUAUGAAAAAUGCGAAACAUUUCGAGAGUGUACGCGAUCAUAUGUUGGAGUUGAUGGAAAUCAUUGGUAAAGUCAAAGAUGGCGGUGGUUUUUCUGUCGAGUCACUUACUUGUGUUCAGAGUGCUGGUGGCAAUACGAGCAGUCAUAGUAAUGGUUCAAACGCAUUUCCAUCUGAUAUGAAAACCUCAGCAAUUUUUCAAGAAAUCAGCGAUGGACUCAAGCAGGAUCCGAGCGCUGUAAAAAACAUCAAAGCAAUUAUUCUGUACAUUAUUACGGACGGUAAACAGGAGAUUGGAAAAUUCACGCUGGACUUUAAAAACACACCGCCGUCGGUGUACAAAGGUGAUGUGAAGAACGGAGAGAAGGCGAAUGUAACACUCACGGUAUCUGACGAGGUCUUCUUCCAAAUCGCUACCGGGGUAGUCAAUCCUCAAAAGGCUUUCAUGGAUGGAAAACUAAAAGUAAAAGGGAACGUGAUGUUACUUCAAAAGCUGCAAGGAAUUCUGGAUAAGAAGAGAAAAGCGAAACUGUAG